UCCCAAUACCAUCAGACACCAAACUGAUGACGUGGUUCGGUCCGUUGACCAGAGCAGCAGUAUGGCCGAUCAGAGCAGGCAAAUAAAACUCGCUGCGGCUAAGAAAAAGCUGAAGGAGUUUCAGCAGAAGAGCUCCCCUGCUAGCGUGGGAGGAGAAAAGGGUGGAGGAGGAGGAGGAGGAGGCGGAGCAGGGGCAAAGAAGAAGAGGAAGGUGAAGGGACUGAGCCAAAAUGAUGCACCUUCAACAGACAGAAACUCUCCAGACAAUUUUGACAGAAUUCUGAAAGCACUUAGUCAAAGCAAUGGAGUAGUCCUACCUCCUUAUAGCAACAGUCAGACCUUUGCUCAUGUGGAGGCCAUCGGGUCUUCAGUUCCCCAGAUGCUGGAGGACCCAACGGGCGAGCUCGGUCACGGCUCCCCUGUGUCUAACCCCGCUAGCGCUAACACUGCUACUAACUCUGAGACUGUCGGUCACAACACUGACCUGCAGGACUAUCCCAAUACCAACGGCAAUGAGAGUUUAACAGAAGAAGAGAGACCACUCUCUUCCACAGAGAGCCUGCGACAGCUCUCACAGCAACUGAACGGCCUGGUCUCUGAGUCAUCUGCUGCUUAUGUGAAUGGGGACAGUCCACCUUUAGUUGGUGAGAGAGAUAUGGAGGGUCGGAACCAGGAGCUGGCAGCCGCCCUGGAAUCCAGCAACCUAACAAACUCUCAGCUAAAUACCAAGCUAGACCAGCUGGCACAGCAAUCUCAGGGACUCUCCGAUCAGCUACAAAAGGAGCGAAAAGAAUUCGAACAGAGAUUUUCAAAAGAGCAGGGAGCCAUGCGGGAGCAAUUACAGGUUCACAUCCAGACCAUUGGUAUACUGGUAUCGGAGAAGUCAGAGCUACAAACAGCACUACAAUACACACAACAUGCUGCACGGCAGAAAGCAGCUGAGGCAGAUGAGUUGAAUAACCGUCUGCAGGCAACAAAGCAGAGAGUGUCAGAGCUGGAGAGAACUCUCUCCUCUGUCUCAACACAACAGAAACAGUUUGAAAGGCACAACAAAGAGUUUGAAAAGGAGAGAGACAGCCUUAGGCUCGAGGUGUUUAGACUAAACAAUUUGAGUGAGGAGUCGAAGCAGCAGAGCUCAGAGCUGUCAGAGCAGUUAAAGCUGAGUACACAGAAGAAUGGAGCAAUGACGCUGGAGGUGGAAGAUCUUCGCAAGAGACUCGAGAUAGCUGACCUCAUGUUGCAACAGUGCUCCAGCCAGUCAGAUCCCACGAGUGCCAACCAGCAGGUCCAGUUACUGCUUGGAGAGAAGCAGCAGCUGGAGGCACACAAUCACCAGCUGAUGGAGUCGAUUGCCCAGCUGCAGACAGAGAGGGACUGCUAUGCAGAGCAGAUCCAGGAGGAGGGCCGUCUAUGGAAGGACAAAACAGAACAGCUGCUAACACAGGUGUCUUUGGUUGCAGAGGAGAGGGACAGAAACAUUAGCCGAGUCCAAGAACUGGAAACCAGCAUUACAGAGCUUCAAAAUGCUGCGGCGUUGUUGUCCCAGGAGAGAGAGGCCCGGGAUAAUGCAGAGCCUCAGUCCUCGGGGCCUUCAGAGAGCGAGGUGGCGCUUCAGGAGGCCCUCAACACUCUUCAUCAGGAAAAAGAGGCUCUUACUGCACAGUACCAGGCACAGCUGAGAGAUAACGAGCAGCUGAGCCGCCUGUGUUCAGAGCAGGAGACGCGUCUCGGGGAGAUGGAGCGCCAGUUGGAGAGACAAGUCCAAGAGGAAGGGGACCGCAGGCGCAUGUUGGAGGAUGUUCAGUCGGACAAGGCCACUAUUAGCCGUGCUCUCACCCAGAACCGUGCACUGAAAGACCAGCUGGCUGAGUUACAGAAUGGUUUUGUCAAACUGACUAAUGAGAACAUGGAGCUGACCACUGCCAUCCAGUCAGAGCAACAUGUGAAAAAGGAGCUGGCUCGCAGAAUGGGUGAACUGCAAGAAGAACUGCACAACGUCAAGGAGCAGCUGGAACUGAAAAGUAAUGACACUCAGGGUCUGAUGGAGCAGAGGGACCAGGUAGUGGCCCAGCUGCAGCAGUACUGUGCUGGCUACCAGGCUCUGGUCUCAGAGAGGGAACAGAUCCACCACCAGUAUCUGCAGCAGAUCCAGCUCAUGGACCGGCUGCAGCACGAUGAAAGCCAGGGCCGUGUGCAACUGGAGAUCAGCCACAAUCAGCUCAAGCAAGCGCAGGAGCAUAUGGAGCUGUUGGUCAGAGACAACGAGCAGCUGAAGGCUGAGGUAAAGGAGCUGCUCAACAGCUCAGCUCUUGCCACAUCAUCCAGAGACCAAGGCGAUGGAGUGGAAAGCCAGUCCCUGCAAGAGAGCCCAGAGAAGUCCUCUCCCAUAGUUAUCCCAGAAGACUUUGAGAGCCAGAAGGAGAUGGAGGAGUUUAUCCGUGGAGCUUUGGCUCAGCUGCAGCUGGAGAGGGACGAGGCCAGAAGGCAACUUGAGGAUGAGCACCGGCUUCACAUGGCAGCGCGGCACCAGGCCGCUGUGGCCUUCAGCCUGGAGCAGCAACACCACAGCCACAAAUCUGUUCACGACCAUCAUCACGAGUACGAUAACACUCAGGGCCAACAUAGUCACUGUGAACACAGUCACGAGCAGUCAGAAGGAGGAGUGCCAGUGGAAGUUCAUCAGGCCCUGCAAGCUGCCAUGGAGAAGCUUCAGCAGCGUUUCACAUCCCUCAUAAGAGAGAAAGCUGACCUGAAGGAGAGGGUGGAGGAGCUGGAGCACCGCUGCAUUCAGCUGUCUGGAGAGACUGACACUAUAGGGGAGUACAUAGCCCUGUAUCAGAAUCAGCGGGCCAUCAUGAAGCAAAAACACCAGGAGAAGGAGCACUACAUCAACAUGCUGGCCCAGGACAAGGAGGAGAUGAAAGCAAAGCUGGCAGAGCUGCAGGAUCUGGUGAUGAGGCUGGUGGCUGAGAGGAAUGACUGGUACAGCCGCUACACCGGAACCUUAGCCAGCGCAGGCACAGUGAACCCUGACCUGCUUCCUGUUGGGGAGGAUCACACUCACCCAGAGCACCACGCACACACACACACAAUGCUUAAUGCUGUCAGCGGAGCAGAAGCAAUGGAAGUCAUUCCUCUGUCAGAACCCACUACACCCCUGGAAGCCCCGUCGUCCCAGAUGCUGUUGAGCGGGUCAGCCCAGACAGACUCCAAGGCCCCGGGGCCCAAAGAGGACGCCACAGCCCAGCAGAUCAUGCAGCUGCUCCACGACAUCCAGAACCCACAGGGAGUGCCACGAUCACCCCCCUUCCUCGGGGAAAACCCCUGCAUCCCCUUCUUCUACCGGCCUGACGAACAGGAUGAAGUCAAAAUCCUGGUUGUGUGAGGUGUGUGUUUGUGUGUGUUAGAGUGUGAGUGAGUGUGUGAGAGACACAUAAAAAUGCCCCCUCUGUGUGUUGGCAGUAAUGUGUGUAUGGUGAUAUAGAGAGUAUUUUCAGUUGGUUUUUGUCUAUGAUGCUCUUCCCAGAGAGAUAACCAGUAUUCCAUAACACAAUCUGGUCAUUCUUAAUACCACCAUUUUUCAUCCCCAUCCCCCCACUCGUCUCCCAUUUUACACAUAAGUGCAAUAAAGGGGCCUCAUAGUCUGUCCCCUUGCUGAUACAGUACUUAAAGAGCUGUCGAAAAUGAUUAGCCUUGUUUGCAACUUCAUUUUAGUGCAAAUCUCAGUUAUACACAAUUGACUGUACAAAUGCCAAAAAUGAGCAUCACGUUUGAAUGUAAUAAUGCAAAUACUUACCCCGUAUGUUUGUGUAAUGUGAGGAGAAUCGAUGAUGGUGAAAGGGUGCAUGAGGAGAAGAGAUGUAGAGUGAGAUGUAAGUUAAAGUCAAAGAAAGACACAGAGUGCACAUAAUAGCUUUUGAGCUGUUACGAUUUAAAAGUCAAGCUCUCUGUUGCAUGAUGAGGUCCAGAAAGAUGAAGGCAGGUGUCGCAGUUUGUUACUGUUCCUAAAACAACCUUUUCUCUAACUUUUGUCUUUGUCCUCCAAACACUGAAAAUAAGUCUUGUUAAAUGUUGCAAUAUGUUAAUAUGUGAAACAUUUGUAUUGUGAUGUCAAACAUCCUGUAAGACUGAGAGAUUUCCACACAGUUAUGAAAAGGUGGUUUCUAAAGUCAUUGAGGGGAUAGAUGCAAUUUAAAGACCCCAUGGAGAAAAAAAACACAUUUUAGUCAAAGAGAUUAAGGCAUUAUUUUUAGUGUGUAAUUUAGAUAAAUAAUAGAGCUUGGGAUGCUGUGCUUCAGGCUGCUUUCCACAUCAUUGUUUUUUGCAAGUUAUACUUUUUCUUUGUCAUUAGCAUGAUAGAUUGUAAGGUGCAAUGGCUAGAGGAAGUUACAGGAAAAAUGGUGUGAAAAUCUCUUUAUCUGCACUCCUAAUUCAUAGCCUCGUCACAAACGUCUACAUAGUUUAUUUUCCCUUCAUCCAUAAUUGAGUCCUAACAUAACAGUUUCAUGGGGUCUUUAAGUUUCUUCACAAAUUGAGGCUAUUGAGUAGAUCCUAUUCUUUACUGUUACAUUUGCUUCUAGUUCCACAUGUCAAAGAUGAAUUAAUACACAUCCUUUAUAACUGGACUGUGUGAGUGUACAUGAUGCGUGUGUGUUUCCUCUUCAGCUGAAGUUUCAUCUUCUUCUUUUUUGUAGAGUUCUAUCAGAUUAUAUAAGAAUGAUUGCACUAAAACUGUACAAAGCUUGUCAUUCAGCUCUGUCUUGUGCGGCUGGUUGGACAGUGACGUUUCUAAAUAAACUUGCUUAAUUAUUCCUGUUGAGGUAAAGGGAAUCCUGUGAAGCCGCACUCUUUAAGCUGAGGGUUCCAGUUGAAGCUGUGUGUGUGUGUGUGUACUGUACUGUACUGUACUGUACAUAUGAAUAGAAGGUGACAUUAAUGAGACUGCUCUGUUCAAAAGGUUGUGAUGUUAUUCCCAACAGUGUGUCAAAUUCAAUCAGAAUUUGAGAAAAUGAACAACUCUUCCCAAAACUACACAUAUCUAUGUUGAUAAUUUUAUAGUGACGUGUAUUGGCAACACUCCUGUGGGCAUUGAAAACAAGAAAUUAAUUAGGAUUCUAACAUUGGGAUUAAUUGAUCAACAAUGAGCUCCUUCCUUUGGCAACUAAUAACCAUAGCUAUGCUCUCCCAGUUAUUUUCUUUCCAUUUCAGAUGAAAUCAUGGAAGAGGCCUUUGGUUUUGAGGAGUCUUUCAAUGAUUUCAAUAUGCAAAGACAUGAGAGUCUCACCGCGAGUCAUACAAAAAUCCCACAGACUACUUUUGGAGGUAUUUUAACCUUCUCAUUUGGAUUUCAUUGAAUUUUAAGAUCCUCUCUGUUGUGUUUGAGGUAGCACACAUUUGUAAGUUACUAUUGAACACUUGAUACGUAUCACUAACUGCAACAGGACAGAAAGCAUUAGUGGAAAUUUUGGUAUUUUAAGCAAAAUGUAAAAUGUGGGGGCCAUAUGUACUUGGUGUUUUUUUACAGGCAAAGUAAACAGCGCUGUGUUCCACAGCCCUUUGUUAGGAAACAGGGUUUUUUGAAUAGAUUUACCUAAUCCUUUCUUGAUUUUUUAAAAUGUCUUGCUUCUUAGCAUUCUGUCACUUUUUGGUUUCCUUAUAAACAUGCCACAAAAUAUGAGUUUAUUUUAUUUUUUGUUCAUUCUAUUUCUUUUGUCAGGCGAAGACGUACAAUCUACAAUAAAAUGCUUUUAUUGAUUCGGGGCUUGGGAAAUCACAAAUAAGACAAUAUGGAUGCAAUUACUUCCCACACUAAUUCACUGUUAAAUGUUGUGUGAUUGAAACAAAUAGCAAGGAACCAUUUAUUGUCUUUACUGUAAAAGAGGUGGUGUAUAUACUGUAACUGUGUAACAUAUUGUAUAUUCAUUAUGCCUGGUGUGUGGGGGAAAGCUGCUCUGCCAUGUUUACUGGCAGCGUGGACUGUGUGUCUGAAAGUGAGCUCAGAGUCAAGGCCUUGGCGGUUACUGACUGGCUGUGAUUUAAUACAAAGAUUGACGUAAAAAAGCAAAAAUGUUCUAUUUAUUUGGAAUAAGUUAGUAUCUCAACUAAUCAGUUUUAAUGUAAAAUAGAAGUUACGGAUGGAAAUGAAGGAUCGUUCAGAGAACUGAUUUGUUUGAGGGCUGCUUCUGACAGAAGCUUUCUGAAUAGUUUUUCUCCUUGAGUAAUAUUUUCUCCCUUUCUCCUGAAUAAAACUGAUUGAUCAACUUGAA